AUGCGAACCAGUGCGCUCUUUCCCCCGGAGAUCGCUGGGGAUGAGUCCUUCGACCAAUUGGCGCGGAAGCUGGCGACGUAUGUCACGAAAGCUAUAGAGUCUCCGCAUAGCUUCGAUGAGCUGAAGAAGGUCGUCUACGGACGCUCGCUGAGGCCAUUGGUGAGGUAUCUGGUGGAUGGCGUCCAUCAUGAAGGCGUUGUUUCCGCGCUGCUAGCACUCCGCUGGCGCUUUUCGACAUGCGAGGAUGAUGAUGACCGAGGCGUCAAUGAAACGAGGGCAAUGGCGUGUGAGAUCGUGGCAUGGCGAUUCGUCGCUCACUUGACCGAGAGAGAAGCCAUUGACUACCUGUGUACGGAGCUACCACUGUCCAAGGAAGGGUUCCAGAGUGCGGACUCUGAGACGGCAGAGAAUGGCGACAGUCAAACUCAGCUCGAUGACCCUGAUGAACGUACACCACUUCUUGAUGGAACGGAGAACGAAGACACUAGCCUCUAUGACGAAGACCGGAAUACUGCGGAGUUGUCAUCCGACUCAUUGGCAGCCCAGUUUGUAAGCCUCAACGCCCUGGAGAUUGCUGCUGUCGUUGAAGCGAAGCACUUCAUGGGCGAGAAGUCGAUCCAGCGGGUCAUCAACGGCAUCUGGAACGGCGACAUCAUCUUCUGGGACUCCAUAAGUAUGCACUCGACGAAGAAGGCCCGGCUCUACAACAGGAAUAAGUCGGAUCCAUACUGCCGCCUGCGAGUGCCGCUGUACCUUAAAGUCUUCGAAGUCCUCUUCUUCGUCACUCUGCUCGCAAGCUACUACGCCGCGCUCAUCCCGAAGCAGUCCGAGCGCUUCAUGCCUGCGGAGUGGUUGCUCUACAUCUGGCUACUUGCAUUCUCAUACAACGAAUUUGGAGAGUUCUGGGACGCUGGCUUGACGUUCUACACCACUGACUUCUGGUCAAGUUGGGACCUCGGCAUCAUUGCCACCGGUUUGGCUUCCUUCAUCAGCAGGAUGGUUGGCAUCUUUGGUGACAACGAACGAGCAACCACUGUAUCCUUUGAUAUCCUGUCGGUUCAGGCGCUGUUUCUUGUCCCUCGGGUGUUCUCUAUCCUGAGCUUGCAUCCAUACUUCGGCAUGCUGCUUCCGGCACUCAAAGAGAUGACAAAGGACUUCAUGAGAUUCAUUGGGCUCGUAGCGAUACUCUAUCUCGGCUUCGACACCACUUUUACCUUCCUCGCUCGAGGGACGUACUCUUUUGCGAAGAUGAACUGGCUGCUUGUCAAGGUCUUCUUUGGUUCAGGUUAUCUGGACGUUGCAGACCAAAUCUCACCCAUUCUCGGACCGCCACUCAUGUUGGUGUUUGUCUGCCUGACCAACAUUUUGUUGAUCACCUCGUUGAUCUCCUUGCUGUCCGCAAGCCUGAACCGGGUCAUGGAGCAUGCUCGAGAUGAGUAUCUCUUCGUGUAUUCGGUCUAUGUCCUGGAAGCCGCGACCUCCAAUCGCUUGACCUACUUCCUACCUCCACUGAAUCUGGUACCGAUGGUGUUGCGACCGCUAAGAUUGAUUCUCGGAGCAGAAAUUCUGAGGUCUCUGAGGAUUGUCUUGCUGAAAGGGACCCACGUUCCGUUCGUCGCGCUAAUUCUCGCUUACGAGAACGGGCGGCUAUACCUUAAUCAACGCCGCAACGCUAACUCAUCUUCUCGAUCUCUUCGAGGCCCAAAUUCGCCAAAGGGUGUUCACGGCUCGUUAGCGGCAGUUCGCAAGCCAGCAUUAUCAAAGCGACCUUCUCCACCAUUGGAGCGCGAGGCACGCACCGGCAGAAAGCCGAUGGCACAACCAGACCCACCGGCGGCUCUGGAGACAGAGGAAGAUCUGGGUGCCGCGGUGGCUGCGUUACAGAUGCAACUCGAACAUGUCGCUUUGAUGAUUGCGAAAAGGAAGGAAGCAAAUCCUGCCUAA